GUAGUACAUCACAACAAAAAAUUGCCGGGAAAGCUGCUCUCUGGCAAAGCGGCUGCUGGAGCCGCGGAGGGAAUAUUGUACUUAAUAUUAUUACUGUAGCAUUCAGAGUGGGUUUAGACUUCACACUGUCCCGUGUCUUUGGUUGUAUCGUGCAAAUAUGGACGAGUAUGACGAACUGUUCGGGAUCGAGGAUGACUUCGAGGACCAGUUCGCCGACGAGCUGGACGCGAUGGCUCAGAUGGAGAAAGAGAACGCUUCCAGGCCAGGCAAACACCAAAAGCAGGGUCCAGGAGACAACAUAUCUGACAUAGAGCACCUCCUGGAAGAUCAGCCCCUCACCCCAAAGGCAAAGCGGCAGAAGCAGGAUGCAGGGGUGGCCAAGCGGCUUUUCAACUCCCAACGGACUCGAGAGAGCAAAGCCCCGACACCGAGUGAUAACAUCACACCGCCGUCAUCUCCAGAGCAGUAUGAACCUUCUCACGCUGUCAGGUCGACCUCAGAGGCGUUUGAUAUCAGUGGCUUUGGUACAAUCCCAGAGACACCCAGGCGACCUCCCACAGCGGCGCCAGCAUCACUGCACGUGCUGAGGCGGCCUCCUUUAGACGGAGAGUACAUCAGUGUGACAGACUCCUCAGGGAGUCGAGUCUAUCUGAGACAAAAGGAGGACACGGGGACAAAGGUAGUGGAGUCCAGAUUUGUGCCAAACUCUCAUGGUGGGCUGGGUCUUCUGGCCUUGCCCAUAGGUGUGCUGAGAGAACAAGAGGCAGAGAAGCGUCACCUUCAGGUUGUGGAAGAAUCUCAGCGUCUUUCAGAGCUGCUGGCCAGCAAUGUGAAUGAUGUCUUUUUUGAGUCUGAAAGCACAGAAGAUAAAGAGAAUAAUGACCCUGAAGACACGGAGGGACUGACCUCUCGACUCUGGGUGGACAGAUUCUCUCCCCGACACUACACAGAGCUGCUCAGUGAUGAUUUUACCAACCGCUGUCUGCUGAAGUGGUUGAAACUCUGGGACACUGUUGUGUUCGGAAAAGAGAGGAAGUCCCGCCCUGUCCGGUCUGACAGACCAGCUCCUAACCAGAAUUCAUUCAAACCCAAUCAAGCCAAUCAGAAUCCAAAUCGCUUCAAGACCAAAAUAGAGAUGACUGAGGAGCUGCUGGAGGCUGAACUGGAUCAGUACAAACGACCCAAAUUCAAGGUGGCGUUGUUGUCUGGUCCUCCAGGUUUGGGGAAGACCACUUUGGCUCACAUCAUAGCAAAGCAUGCUGGGUACAAUGUGGUGGAAAUCAAUGCCAGUGAUGACCGCAGUGCAGAGGUGUUCCAGAAACGCAUCGACACGGCAACGCAGAUGAAGUCAGUUUUAGGAUCCAACGAGAAGCCAAACUGCCUGAUUAUUGAUGAAAUUGAUGGAGCACCUUCGGCUGCAAUCAACAUUCUGUUAGCAACUCUGAACAAGAAAGACGGACCCGGCGGGGAGGCAGAGACUGCGAAGAAGAAAAAGAAGAAGGAGUCCAUCCUGCUUCGACCAAUCAUCUGCAUCUGUAACGACCUAUAUGUUCCAGCUCUCAGACCUCUCAGGCAGCAGGCCUUCCUCCUGACGUUUCCCCAGACUCAACCUUCCCGCCUCGCACAGAGACUGGCCGAGAUCUCAGUGAAGCAGGGGAUGAAAACAGACACAGGCACUCUGAUGUCACUGUGUGAGAAGACAGACAACGACAUCCGGUCUUGUAUCAACACACUGCAGUUUCUUCACGGGCGUGGCCUCAAGCAGGUCAACACCAAGACCAUCCAGUGUGUCUCAGUGGGGCAGAAGGACCAGAACAAAGGCUUGUUCCAUCUGUGGCAGGAGAUCUUCCAGUUGCCGCGUACAAAACGGAAACGUAUCGGUGAGGGGUUUGACGAGGCACCAGGUUCAGGAGGUGGAGCUCAGAGGUUUCAGAACAUUCUUCACUUGGCGUCGUCCAGCGGAGAGUAUGAAAAGGUUUCUCAGGGUCUGUAUGAUAAUUAUCUGUCCAUGCGAGUGAGGGACCCCAACAUGCAGAGUGUGUGUGACGCUCUGGAUUGGCUGUCAUUCUCUGACAGACUAAAUCAAGUGAUUCUCCACGGGCAGAACUUCACCCUGAUGAGAUACCUUCCCUUUCUGUCGGUCACAUUCCACUUCCUGUUUGCUCACACACACGUGCCCCGCAUCAGCUAUCCCCACAGCCAGCAUGAGGCCUCCAGCAAGCUCCUCAGCAGCAGGAACGCUUUAUCCACCAUGUUGUCUGACAUCCCAGCAUGCAUCAGAACGAGGAUCAGCCAGCUCUGCCUGACCCUCGAUAUGCUCACGCUGCUCCUCGACAUCAUCUGUCCCAAACUGCGGCCUGUGAACCCGCAGCUGUUCAGCACCAGAGAGAAGGAGCAGAUGCGUGAGCUGAUCGACACCAUGUUGGCAUACAACCUCUCGUACAGGCAGGACCGCACACCAGAGGGACAGUACGCAUACAUGCUGGAGCCGCGUGUUGAGGAGGUGGUGAGGUAUCCAGGCCUGCCUCCGCGCCGUCAGCUGACCUAUCAGGCCAAACAAACCAUCAGCAGAGAGAUGGAGCAGGAGAAGAUGAGGAGGGCCGAGCAACUGAUGCUGCAACGAAACCCUGCAGCGAAGGCGGAAGAAAAAAAGAGCGCCGGCCCUAAAGCGCCCAGGAAUCAUCAGCAGAGGCUGGAGAACAUUGUGAAACAGACCACAGUGGAGACCAAACCGGAGGUGGACUUCUUCGGUCGAGCUGUCGCCCCCAAAAUUCAGAAACCGCAGCCGUCCUCGGACACAGGUGAGAAGAGUGCGGUAGAUACCAUGGGGACGGCGGUGGGCAACAGUGACGUGUGGUUCAGGUUCAACGAGGGCAUGUCCAACGCUGUCAGGCGAAAUGUCUACAUCAGAGAACUGCUGUAACCCCUCCAACACGCGCACACACACACACACAAACACAUGCAGGUAUUUCUUUGUUGUAUGUAAUCAAAAUAACAAUAAAUGAAAAAAAAAUGUUAAAUUCAAAACAGUCUUUAUUUUGAUUGACAGUGUAAAGAGCCAAUAAAAACGUGUUGUUGAA